AUUGGAUGGCAGACUGCGAAGGUCUCCUUCCAGCCCCGGUAGCCGAGGACGAAGCCAGGGCUGGAACACCCAGGGAUGACAUUCCUCGGGAUGUUCCUUCCGAAGCUGACACGUCCAACAUGGUCAGUGAUACUUAGGAGUUUGGGGGCCCGACGGAGAUCCUUUCCUGCAUUGACAUCCCCAUGACUGAUGGUGUCUCCUCAGUCCCGAUUUCCUACAUGCCUUUCCACCCCGAUCCUCACCGUCCCAACCCUGUUUUGGAGCAAAUCACCCAUAUUUUCACCGUCCACACAGGGCUACGAGACGAGGAUGAAGAUGAGCCGGUUGAAGGGGAAAUGGAGAUCCUCGAUGUGAAGCCGGUGUCUACUCUUCACCCGGGGGCUGCUAAGACUGAUCCGAAGAGGAAGAAUAGGGACCUCUCCAAAGAGAGAGUGAAUGCCCUUGCCCGUAAAAGAAAGGGCGAUUCGUCUGGGCAAGGCUGCUGCCCAAGAGCCAGAGCUGCCAGGAGGUGGUGCCGAGGACCGGACCACCCUACUGAUCAGUCCCAUCUCCACCAUGGAGGGGCGGUAAUACUACGAACAAAUGUUAACCCAGGUUCACCCGGAUGAUCAAGCCAUCGUUCGUAAGGCCUCGGGCAAGGUGCUAGCUGAAUCGCUGAGCCGCGCUUACAUGACGGAGGAGGCCCAGAAGGCAGAGGCUCUGCACCGGGUGGAACUUUUUGAUGAAGUAGAGGGAAAUUUGCAUGAGGCCAAGUCUGCCCUGGCCCUUAAGGAGAAAGAGGCCUCCCAAGCAGCUUCUCGCCUCAGUGAGGCAGAGGCAGAGUUGGCCCGUGCUCAGACCAGACUGGUAGAACUAGAGGUUGAGAACAACUCCUUGGAGUCUGCCCUUCAAGAGGCAAAGCGGGAGACUCAUGAGUUGGGCUAUAGAUUCAAAGAACGCUACUCCAAGGAGUACGACGAGUCUAAGAGACGGUGGAGGGAGGCCCACAUCAGAGCCCACCGAGAGGGAUAUAUCUUCGGGAUCUGUGACCAACAACUGGAGUUCUUCCUGUCGCCCCAGGGUCAUCAAUUUCUCAAGAUCCUCUUUGAGGGGACAGUGGAUGCCUUCUGCAAAACUCCCGACUUCCUACGGAGGUUUCUCCCUUCCAUGGCCUAUAUAAUAAUGGAAAUUGGUCGCAAAAGGGUGAAGAUGUCUAGAGCCACUACCGAACAAGUGGCAAAGCUGGAUCUGCGGGCCUUGAUGAGGUCUUUGGACAACAAAGCUCUGUGCGUGAAGCUGGGCAUAGACCCCAAGGCUCCCGCCAGCCCUGAAUGGUGGUAUCCAGCACGGGACUGUGCCUUUCAACAAUUUACUGUGGGACUCUGCUCUGAAGAUGUCCCCACGGAGCCUAUCUUCUCCAGCCCUUUUCUUGAGAUCCUUCAAGAAUUUUUGCAAGAUCUAUCGGGGGAUAGAGCUGCGCCCCGGUCCUUUGCUGAAUUUGGGCUUUACCCCCCCAAGCCUCUGUUAUCUGACCUGGCCAGCCUUCCCGCUUCCCGAAAAGAAGUCCCUCAAGAACUAGCCAAGUUAUACAAGGACGAGGCCAACUUUACACACUCUCUGGUCGGGGAUUUGUCCAAAGAUCCGAACCCUUUCCCCAAUGUUGACGCCUCCAGGUCCUCACCUAUUUUCAAUGAAGGUCCCUUCUCUGCCUCUUCCGGCCUUGGACCCUCCGGCUCUGCUCCUUCCAGCUCUGCUUCUCCCUCCGUUUCCUUUCCAAUCCGAGACUGCCCCUUCUCCUUAGAUAGGCUAGAAAGUAUAUGUAUUUUUAUUUCUAGAGAUCAUGUGUCUACAUAUCCCUUUUGAUUCUGUAUAUGUACAAACUUAAUAUUCAAUGUGAAUUUCUUAACCCUUUUGCUAUUCUUAGUUUAUUUGUUAUGAUAAACUUGUUGUUGGUGAU